AUGUACGCUGCCGACGUGGCGGUGGAAGAACCUCUCUACGACUCAGUGUGUGAAGACGACGACUACUGCCUGGUCGAACAGCUCCAGGCGUCGCGCCCUUCGUCUGUACCAGCUGCAUCUGCUGUUGUACCAGCUGCAUCUGCUGCUGUACCAGUUGUAUCUGCUGCUGUACCAACAGCAUCUGCUGCUGUUGUUCCUCCCUCAAGUGCUGCUUAUACUGCUGCCUCUGUCCCGAACGUUGCGCCGCUGCAAGAUAACCACAAGGAUACCAUCGAAUCCAAUCCUGACGAUACCAUGGAGCUUCUGAAGUCGGCCGACGUCUCCCCAAUGGCAUCAUCAAUCGAAGAUCCUGUACCGGCCGAGGCGUCGCUCAUGGAGGCCGCGUCGCUCCGACGACAGGUGGUCAGAUCACCGCCUGUGUUCCUGAAGAGCUUCACCAGCACGAUGACGGACGUCUCGUCUGAGACGUACCAAGAUCUGCGUGCCAAGCAGAUAACGGACGUCUCGUCUGAGACGUACCAGGAACUGCGUGCCAAGCUAGAACUUAGCGAGCGCACCAUCCUGGACCUCCAGUCGCAAAACCUGCUCAUGCAGAGGCAGCUGCAGGAGUUCGCCUCUACCGUGCAGCAGUUGCGUGACGAGAACAAAAGUCUACGGGCGCUGUCCUCCUCGCCUCGCAGCGCUUCCAGUCCGCACGCCUAUAUGAGUCUCCAGGAGCCCAACUGCGACCCUGCCUUCUCUCUUAACAAUCCUGAGAGCCACAACAGUUGCGGCUACUCCUCUUCAUCCCUUCUUUAUCCUCAACAAUUCAAUUACGACACAAACCAUCAGCACCAAUACGCCGCAGCUUCUCGCCUGUCNAACGGAGAGCAGAAUCGCGAAAGGGUGCAGAAGUUGCGUGACGAGAACAAAAGUCUACGGGCACUGUCCUCCUCGCCUCGCAGCGCGUCCAGCCCGCACGCCUAUAUGAGCCUCCAGGAGCCCAACUGCGACCCUGCCUUCUCUCUUAACAAUCCUGAGAGCCACAACAGUUGCGGCUACUCCUCUUCAUCCCUUCUUUAUCCUCAACAAUUCAAUUACGACACAAACCAUCAGCACCAAUACGCCGCAGCUUCUCGUCUGUCCAGAGGCGUACCAAACAUUUGUUGGCCACCUGCACCACCGCCUAAUUUUGCCACUCCUCCCUCUUCUAUACCGUAUGGUUCCACCUCACCCUACGGAGCCAGCGACUCGCCAAACUCUCCAUUUGGACACAGUAGUAUGCUUCCUGGUCCCUCGAUUAACUCUUUCCGGCGUUUCAGUAACGCGCCGCAGCCUACCUCCGUUAACUCUAGCGCCUUUAACACCCACAAAGACUGGAGUAGAAGUCGGCCCUACAGCAUGCUUGAUGCGCGCGAGCAAAAUGGAAACUCCGCUCUCGGUCCAGCUAGUUUCGAGGGUGUUGACAACAACAACGAUGGUGACGUGAAGAUACGUAAGAAACACAGCGGCCUCCAGCCCCGUCUCAACGAAUCUCUCCCUAUCCCUGAGCCGCGCAAGAGCGCCAGUCUCAUGCCUUCCCGGGAUGAGGUCGUGGCGCUAACAAGCAACAUCACCAGCGGCAUUCACGAUCUUUUCGCCGUAGUCCAGAACAAAGAACGCAGCCCCAACUUGGACCAGCUCAUGCAGUCCUAUGAGAAAGUCGGUAGUGGCGUGCAGGAGGCCAUCUCCAUCUUUCUACAGGGCCGCACCUUGGAAGAGUUUUCACCCGCCGUCCGAGAUUCGAUUUUGUCGCUCACCAAGAACACAGUGGCGCUACGCGACAAGUGUCAGCUCAGAGCUCCUGUCGAAGACAUCGUCAAUGCCAUAUUUAAUGUGGCGCACGCCACAAAGGCUCUAGUCAGCCUCGUCGAUGGCUGCUGACUGACUAACGACUCGUGUCGUUUCUUCUGACUUGUGUGGUGUUGGUGUGCCUUCAGUCAUGGGCCUCUGAUUGUUACAAGAUACUUUAACUGACGUCGCUCUGCAAGUAAUGUGGUGUCUUUAUGCACGUGGUGCCUUCACCCACGCUGUCCUGACCGUGACAUUGUGCCUUCACUCACGCUGCCCUGACAUGGUGCCUUCACUCACGCUGCCCUGACAUGGUGCCUUCACUCACGCUGCCCUGACAGUAACAUUUUGCCUUCACUCACGUCACUCUACAAGUUCUGUGGUGCCUUCAGCCUCAGCGACUGCCGUGUUGUGUUUAAUAUCAAUUCUAAACGGUAGCAGAAUCCUCGUUACUUCGUACGAUGUGACUGUAAUGUGCAGCGAUGAUGUUUUGAAAGGACAGACGCGCGUCAACCAGCAAGCAAAUCAUUAUAUGCUUUAAAUUUAUCUGAUUUACUCGCUGCGUGAUACCAUCUAUGAUUCUAGUUUUUCGUUUUAUCAUGAUUUUGCCUCCAGCAUCGGUGAAUGUCAAUGCCUGAUUUUUUCAUUCAACGGUGUUGACAGCAUAUGCGUUAGUAGUGUUCGAUAUUUGUGUAGGAAGCUCUUGUCUCUUCAGAUGAAAGAUUCAGAUUUUUCGCAUUUGAAUAGUUUAUGCUGUUAAUUUUAAAAUAAAAUAAUCUCUUCAAUUUUUAAUUUUGUUUAGUUUGAAAUGAAAAAUACGUAUAUCCAUGCCGCACUUCCUGUUGAUCAAGAUAUCAUCAUCUUAUAAGUGACUAGUUUUUUGGCUUCAUUUUUAAGGAACUGUUUGAGCGUUGGUAGACAGUGAGUUUGGCAGCUCGCUUAUGCGAAACGCUAAUGACAGCAAGAUAGGAAGACUUCUUUACCUAUUUAUUCUUUUAAAAAAGUGCCAAUUUGACUUCGCAACAUCCAAGAUGAGUUAAACUCAACGAGCUAUUAUUGGCUUGAACCUUUUACCUGCACUCCUCCCGAAUGCAGCAUCACUUGGUAUUUAAAUAAAAUGCAGGUACUAUGUCGAUUAAUCUUGAACCUUUUUCGCAGAUUUUUCCCUGUUGGUAGUUUAAAAAUAAUGUCCCCUGCGAUGAUGCAUAGAAACACAAGAUUAUUGGAGUAUGCCUGUUAAAAAAUCUCAACGAUACUUGCUUCAGAAAUAUCAUAAUACGUUGUUGUUGUUUCAUUGCUAGCAAACCAUGUCGUGAAAUAAUCUGUAAGGUUAUUGUGAUUACAAUGUUGAUUUCAAUACUAUUAAGCCACGCUCGCUUAUUCCUCUCUCGCUCAGGUGAUUUUUCUUUUACUAAGAUAACUUAUUAAUAAGUAACAUCCUAUAGACGUCAUUUAUUUCUCCGUCGCCGCGCUUGAUGUCUCCAGUAACGUCUGAAAAGCAACUCAAACCAUUUAGCUUUAAGACCAGCCUUCGAUAUGUUACUUGUGGUGUUAAGUGGGAGCUGUUAUGUUGUGUGCACGCUAAGAAAACGGGGAGGAAGUUACAUUUGUUCCAAGUUACUCGUCACUCUCUUCCUCUGUCGCAAGUCGUUGAUCCAUGUCGCAUGACUAUCAGAAUUAGGGAGCGUUUACUCGAUCGCUUAGUCAUUGUUAGUAAAUAUUUAAUUAUUUAGUAAAUAUAAUUCAUGAUUUGUAGAGGAUCGACCAGCAAUGGGCAGAAAUGUGAUAUCGUAGCUGCUUGCGAGUUUCUUCGUAAUGUUCGCCAUGCAAACAUUUUUAACAAUUCCCACCUGUUUAACCUCACUUUUGGCAUAUUUUAUGCGAAUUUCUUCAUAACGUGCUCAUACAAUUGUUGAAAAAUUGACCCACCGCGGUUAAACAAUGUAAUGUAAUUGACUUUUGACUUAUAGCUAAUUAAUUAAUUGGAAACGUGUGGUUUUAACGUCCUGUCACUCUCGUAGACAAAUUAUAAUUAACUGUGUUGUGCGAUGGCUCUAAUAUUAUUUGGAACAAGUGAUAUCUGCCAUCCUGCUAAUUAUUUAAUUUGAACAGUGUUAUGCCACAAAUUUCUUCGUGCGGUUUCAGUUGUUUCAUCUCUCACUGUUAUUGUGUCCUCAAAAAGAUUUGAUAUAGUCUGUUUCAAGUCUUGUCUACUAGACCAGUCCUGAAUGUGUGCAAUCGUCAGUGUGAAAAACGUUGAAUAAUUCUAACAAUUGACGUUGCGUAGCUAUUAUUUUUGAAGAAAUUUACGAUAUUUUUAUGGGAGCUACACCGCUUACUCCAACGGAGAGCAGAGUCGGUUGGUUGUCGAUUGGCUAUCGUGUCCCAUUUCGCAAUGGAUUUUAUUUUGCAGCGCUCGUGUUCAAAUGUGCACAAUUGUUCCUUGUACCUGUUAAUGCAGCUCUAUUAAAUGUAAAUUGUUAACAUUGAAAUGUGGAUAUCCUCUGUUUUAUACAGAUGCUUCUCGUAUUACUUACUUUUGAUAGAUACUAGCUUGCGAUUCUUAAUAUCCGAAUUAAUCGAUCGGCUAUUUGAUUAUUCACUAACACUUUUGUCCUCAGCACAGCAAUCAUACGUGGUCGGUCCUAGAACUGUCACCGAUGAAUUGUGAUGGACUAAAUUUUCACAACAAUCUAGGCCCAUAGGUCGUGUAUGUAACAAGUAUCCGUGCGCCAUUGAAACUCGUCUAUCAUGAAAUCAGUAAAUGAAUAAGGGAGUAGCUUGCCUAUAAAUCGCUAAAAAUGCAUAAGGGUUUGAUAAAUUUGUGUAAUUUUAACUACGUGUGAGAGUGCGUGGGUAAGUCCAAAACAGGGGAACUUUGUGUGGGGUUUGCUAGAGUACAAGUGAGAUAUUCGUUUUAAUUAAGUUACGUGACGCUGUCUUCCAGUUCGUAGAGCCAAUUCCACGAUGGCCUUGUUGGUCUCUUGCCUCUACCUCAGGUGUGCUUCAUUCGUGCCUUAUAACAUUAAAAUAAUCAUACUGCUAAGCCAGCUGUAUCUUCUUAGAUUUUAUGAUAGACUGGAGGAUUAUAUAUUUUAAUCGUAAUUCUAAUUGGCUUUUAAUUUUUUAUGCAUUCGUGUUAUUUUUGUGCUCAAAAAUAACACGAAAAAUAACACGAAACACGCUCUCUCAAACGCGAAAAAUUAAAUUUGAAGUAUUUUUUAUUUGCUGAUACCAAGGUUGUUCGACAAUAUCUCGGCAGCUUUGUGGGACAGGACACAGUAAACUCAUUGUAUUAGAGCCUGGCACUGAAAUCUUUUUUGUUAUUAUUUUUUGUUUAAAAGAACCCCUAUUUAAAGAAAUUGUACAAGCAUUUCGAAUGCAGGCGAUGUUUUCACUUGAGCUUACGUACUUUCUCCACAUUGUGACUAAUAACUUCGGCUUCUAAAAGGGUUCCGUUUGGGUUGGAAAGUUUAGUAGAACUUGAAAUGAACCAAGUAAGGAUUUAUUUAUUUACCUUGUGAUGCGAAAAUAUCGAGCUAUGUUUUAAUUUGUUUAUCUACGUUCCAUUAAGUGUUAAUGCUUUCACUCUUCAAAAACACCACUCACUGCGAGAGUGUUGAGUGGGCUUCUGAAAACUAUAUAGUCCUGAGACUUGCGUUUACCUAAAAUAGCGCCUGUUGCGUUUGCACAAAAUAGCGCCUGUAGCGAACGGAGCGUACGAAGUGAACUUACUAAGCUCGUCGACCGGACGCCUUCAACGAGUGCUAAUGUGCUCUGGUCGCUCUAGAUGCAAUUAUUGUGCCGAGGUAGCUACGUCGCUCAGUGUUGAAUAUUUCUGCUUGUAAAUAUUUAUCCUGAUUACCUUAUUGUUGUCUAAUGUAUUUUCAUGAUAAUAAACAAUGAUCCGUGUUC